AAUAAGCCACAUUGUUGCAACAAACUCCAGUGCUCGAGUCCCAGGACACCACAGGCUACUCCGCGUUACUCAGCUAAGGGGAUCCAAGGGCGGGAGCAUCACGCCAGUGACCCUGAGAAGCUCGAUCGUCGGAGUGGAGCAGCACUGUCAUUCCUCCCAAGUUAAGCCUUAGUGACCCUGUGACUGAAGUUAGUGAUUGGACUCUGGGCAGCAAUUCCUUCUCCAAGAGCGAGACUUUAGGCACUUUACGUAGUUGUGACUAAACGAAAAAAAGAAACUUGUUUCUGGAGACUCGAGGCUCCCAGCUGGUGAGCCACCGUGGUGAACCUUCUUUGUGUGACUCCUGGAGUCCUAAAUCCCAACCGAACACCAGUGCCAGCGUACAAAGCGUUGCGCUCCCCCGCUAGCGCUCGAGUCUCGGUUUCUCUACUCGGGCCCCGUCUGGUCUCAGCAAGAUGAUCGCCUCGCAUAUGAUAGCCUGCUUAUUCACCGAGCUCAAUCAAAACCAAGUGCAGAAGGUUGACCAAUAUCUGUACCACAUGCGUCUCUCAGAUGAGACCCUUCUGGAGAUUUCUAGGCGGUUCCGGAAGGAGAUGGAGAAAGGACUAGGAGCCACCACGCACCCUACUGCAGCUGUGAAAAUGCUGCCCACCUUUGUGAGGUCAACUCCGGAUGGGACAGAACAUGGAGAGUUCCUGGCUCUGGACCUUGGAGGAACCAACUUCCGUGUGCUUCGAGUAAGGGUGACAGACAAUGGCCUCCAGAGGGUGGAGAUGGAGAACCAGAUCUAUGCCAUCCCUGAGGACAUCAUGAGGGGCAGUGGAACCCAGCUGUUUGACCACAUUGCCGAGUGCCUGGCCAACUUCAUGGACAAGCUACAAAUCAAAGCGAAGAAGCUUCCCCUGGGUUUUACCUUCUCGUUCCCUUGCCACCAGACGAAACUAGAUGAGAGUUUCUUGGUCUCGUGGACCAAGGGGUUCAAGUCGAGCGGCGUGGAAGGCAGGGACGUGGUGAAUCUGAUCCGGCAGGCUAUCCAGCGCAGAGGGGACUUUGACAUUGACAUUGUGGCCGUAGUGAAUGACACAGUUGGGACCAUGAUGACCUGUGGCUAUGAUGAUCAGAACUGUGAGAUUGGUCUCAUUGUGGGUACUGGCAGUAAUGCCUGCUACAUGGAGGAGAUGCGUCACAUUGACAUGGUAGAGGGUGACGAGGGACGGAUGUGCAUCAACAUGGAGUGGGGGGCCUUCGGGGACGAUGGUACGCUCAAUGACAUCCGCACCGAGUUUGACCGAGAAAUCGACAUGGGCUCACUGAACCCUGGGAAGCAGCUGUUUGAGAAGAUGAUCAGCGGGAUGUACAUGGGGGAACUGGUCAGACUCAUCCUGGUCAAGAUGGCUAAGGAAGAGCUGUUGUUCCAGGGGAAGCUCAGCCCGGAACUCCUUACCACUGGCUCCUUCGAGACCAAAGAUGUAUCAGAUAUUGAGGAUGAUAAGGAUGGACUACGGAAGGCCUACCAGAUCCUGGUGCGUCUGGGUCUGACUCCGUUGCAGGAGGACUGCGUGGCCACACAACGAAUCUGCCAGAUUGUGUCCACGCGCUCGGCCAGCCUGUGCGCAGCCACCCUGGCUGCGGUACUGUGGCGCAUCAAAGAGAACAAGGGCGAGGAGCGACUUCGCUCCACCAUCGGUGUCGAUGGCUCUGUCUACAAGAAACACCCCCAUUUUGCCAAGCGUCUUCACAAGGCAGUGAGGAGGCUGGUGCCCGACUGUGAUGUUCGCUUCCUCCGGUCUGAGGAUGGCAGCGGCAAAGGGGCGGCUAUGGUGACAGCGGUGGCUUACCGGCUGGCUGACCAACACCGUGCCCGCCAGAAGACCCUGGAGGCUCUGAAGCUGAGCCGCGAGCAGCUGCUGGAGAUCAAAAGGAGGAUGAAGGUGGAAAUGGAGCAAGGUCUGAGCAAGGCCACACAUGCGGUAGCCCCUGUGAAGAUGCUGCCUACUUACGUGUGCGCCACCCCGGAUGGUACAGAGAAAGGAGACUUUCUGGCCUUGGAUCUUGGAGGAACAAAUUUCCGGGUCCUGCUGGUGCGCGUGCGGAACGGGAAGCGGAAGGGCGUGGAGAUGCAUAACAAGAUCUACUCCAUCCCUCAAGAUGUCAUGCAUGGCACUGGGGAAGAGCUCUUUGACCACAUCGUCCAGUGCAUCGCGGACUUCCUUGAGUACAUGGGCAUGAAAGGCGUGUCUCUGCCUCUGGGCUUCACCUUCUCCUUCCCGUGCCAACAGAACAGCCUGGACCAGAGCAUCCUCCUCAAGUGGACAAAAGGCUUCAAGGCAUCUGGCUGUGAGGGCGAGGAUGUGGUCACGCUGCUGAAGGAAGCAAUUCACCGGCGAGAGGAGUUUGACCUGGAUGUAGUUGCUGUCGUGAAUGACACAGUUGGGACCAUGAUGACCUGUGGUUAUGAAGACCCUCACUGUGAAGUUGGCCUUAUCGUUGGCACUGGAAGCAAUGCCUGCUACAUGGAAGAGAUGCGCAAUGUGGAGCUGGUGGACGGAGAGGAGGGACGGAUGUGUGUCAACAUGGAGUGGGGGGCCUUUGGGGACAACGGCUGCCUGGAUGACUUCCGCACAGAGUUUGAUGUUGCUGUGGAUGAGCUCUCUCUCAACCCCGGCAAGCAGAGAUUCGAGAAGAUGAUCAGCGGCAUGUACUUGGGCGAGAUCGUGCGCAACAUCCUCAUCGAUUUCACUAAGAGAGGGUUGCUCUUCCGCGGCCGCAUCUCAGAGCGCCUCAAGACGAGGGGCAUCUUUGAGACCAAGUUCCUGUCUCAGAUCGAGAGUGACUGCCUGGCCCUGCUGCAGGUCCGCGCCAUCCUGCGCCACCUAGGGCUGGAGAGCACCUGCGAUGACAGCAUCAUCGUGAAGGAGGUGUGCACCGUGGUCGCCCGGCGUGCGGCUCAGCUUUGCGGCGCAGGCAUGGCUGCUGUGGUGGACAAGAUAAGAGAAAACCGAGGGCUGGACAGCCUCAAAGUGACAGUGGGUGUAGACGGGACUCUCUACAAGCUCCAUCCUCACUUUGCCAAAGUCAUGCAUGAGACCGUGAGAGAUCUGGCUCCGAAAUGUGAUGUGUCUUUCCUGGAGUCCGAGGAUGGCAGUGGGAAGGGAGCGGCUCUUAUCACUGCGGUGGCCUGCCGCAUCCGGGAAGCCGGACAGAGAGUUUGACACCCGAUCCUUGGCCUUCCUGAGAAUCAGAAGUAUGGAAUUGUUCACAGUUGCUCCUGUUACCUCCUGAGAUCAUUUCUCUCCCUGUUCUACUUCCGGUACAAUCCUUUGGGAUGGAGAUAGUCUUAAAGACAUGGCUGCCUCAUCUUGGAUGUGAAUGUGACAUUUGUAGGUGGACAGCAUCUCACCAAAAGGAUGUUUGCUUCUUUUGUCAGAGGCAGACUUUGGGAGGGAGGCGAAGUAGAGGGACAUCCCCCCAUGAUGGCCUUAUGGCUGACCCUCUUCAACUCAUCCAUAAGCAUUUCCCUGCUGGUUCUAACAUUUGCUGUCCUGGAAUAGAGAAUCCAAACCAAAGCCAAGAUUUGACACCUCCUCCAAGUGUUUGUGGCUUUACCUCACAUGGCUGAAUGCAUCAUCCACGAAAAACAGACCUUGGUUGGGGGUGACUUUUGGUAGCUUUUUAAAGUUUUUUUCCCCCCCUGCAGAAGUGGAAACACUGUUUUAUUUUGUUUGUUUCUUAAUUUAUGUUUGAAAUUUAUUUAGUUUGUGAAACAGGUCCUCUCCUUCAUUGUGUAAUGGUUAAUUGUAAGUAAUGUAUUUAUAUGUUCCUUUGUUCUGUACAUAGCUGGCCAGGGUCUUGUGACUUGGCCUCAUUAGUAAAUCCGUGUAGUUCAGAAUAUGAGCUGGAGACACUGACUGGCUCCUAGAAACAACUCACUCACCCGCGGGCAGAGGAGAGAUGUGGUGGGCAGACGGCAGAGUACCAGCCUUUUCCUGCAGUCUGGGGAGCGUGUUCAGGGCAGGGAUGGAGACUGAGGCUGGCCCCCGGACAGAGAAAACUGCAGCAGCUGGCUGCUCUGUCUGCUCUCCUGAGUGAUAUCGCCUAGGAUGUUAGCUAAAGGAAACCGAAGGACUUGUUCAAAUACUCGCUGCUUAGCAAUCUCCAUCUGUAGGUCAGUCAGUGUUUUAAAGCGGUUUAGCAAGCUAAAGGAAGCCACCAAAAAGAAAAAAAUGUCCUUAAAGUUCUAUCUGAUUGUCAUAACAAACCAAAUGAAGCAACGAAACAACCAAAAAACCUCAGGGAUGCUGUGGGGUGUUUGUACCUUUGCCCUCUGCUGUCCGUCUGCCUCCCCAGACUGAGCUGCACUGAGGGGCUGACUCGCUUUUUUAUACAUGCUAUUUAUUUCAGACUGUUGGAGGAGGAGGUCUCGAAAGCCCUGUCCUCUGCUCUGACUCCAAAAGUUCUUCUGCUCUAAAAAUACUAGAUUGACCACCACCGUUAAACCCGGCUAUGACCUACUAAAGAGGGGACAGCCUUGUCGUGCUAAUGAGCAGGGUGCAGGGGUCAAAACAGAGAGACCGAGAGAAACUCACCGCUGGUACACCCACGUUGUGAGCAUUUCUCAGUCGUGCAGAGCAGAGCCUGGUCCUCCUGAGACUGUACCAGGCUGGCACUGCCAGUGGGGUGUGGCACCCUCGCUCCCCUGACCUCAUCCAGACCAUUGAAAGCCAAAGCCACCUAUAGAUGUGGGAACCACUAGAGGGUAGCCACGGAAUGCAGACGGAUCUUGACGACAUUUUUGAAUCUUAAAUUUUACACUGUCAGAUCAGGCCCCAUCUCUGAGAGAGGACACUUUGUAGGUGGAGACGGGCGUGUGGCUAGCUUUUGAGGAAGUGUUGGCUUUCACUCCAGAGCAGGAGGCAGUGUGCUGUGUUCUUGGCACUAGGCUGGCUGCUCCCAGCCCUGGGCUGACAGCCCUCCGCUAAUGCUGCUUUGUGUGAUGUUCAGUAACUUUUGGCUCAUCUCAAAUCCCUGGGCACUCAGUCUAGUGAAUGUGUUGUCACCAUGUACAGUAGAGAACUAGUCGAAUUAACCAUGUGAUGUUAACUAUUAUUAAUAAAUUUUAACUUUUUUUUUUCC